AUGGGGGGGCAAUCGCAAUUGAUGGCAGUCUCGGUCCAAACACCUUUCUAUUCAAAGUCAGGCAUGUGGAACCCGGGCGACCCUCACUCGACAUUCUCAUCCACUGGAUCGGAAGGGAUUCCAAACUCCAUGUCAUAUCAAUAUCCGCUGCCAUCAUCUGGUUUGGACGCUCCUCCUAGCAUGAUCCCCAGCUAUCACAAUCCUCCGUUAGAUCACACGCAACCAGCUUCGCCCGCUCAAGCAAAACCAAGGUCUCCGAGUCUCAAGAAAGAGACAAGUUCUGCAUCUUCGAAGUCGGCAAAGGUUAAGAGAUCCAUGUCUACCCCAAAUGUGCGGGGUCCAGCAACAGCAGAAGCCGCUGCGCUUGCCCUGUCGGCAGAUAAGAGGAGGAAUAAACUGGGCUAUCACAGGACCUCUGUAGCAUGCGGUCACUGUCGGCGAAGAAAGAUUAGGUGCAUUCCAGCACCUGCUGAUCCACAGAAUCGCUGUUCGAAUUGCAUCAGGUUGAAAAAAGAAUGCAAUUUUUAUCCAGUCGAUCAGCAGCCUCCACCAGAUCCCAGACGAAGAGGUUCGAAGGCUCAGAGUGGAACUGAAAGAGCGUCAGAGGAAUCCUCAUCUCCUUCGACAUCAUCAGGCCAGCUCCCCGAGAUGCCUCAGACGUUGCCGUACCCACAUUUGAGCAUGCCUCCCAUUCAAGAUCUUGGUGGACCUCAAAUGAAGCGUCAACGAACGGAAAGCUUCUCUCCAGAAAACAAAGUCGUUACAUCUUCCCGCAACUUUGAAUACCCUCCGGGCCCAACUAACUGGAUGGCUCCGGAUGCUUCUCCCAGCACGAAGGCGCCCACUUCGGAUGUGCCUCAGCCAUACUGGAGAGUGAAUCCUCAAGACUCACCACUAACACCAGCUUUCUCGCCAUUUACUCCUAAUCUACAAAUACCGCCACAGCAAAAUUGGCCAGCUCCGCAUCCGGAGGCUAGCCCGAGAGAUGAUAUGUCCUGGUCCGUUCCUCAGCGUUCGAUCUCAUACAGCAAUCUCGAAGGUUUGCAGAGUCAGCACCACCAGCAUUACUCUCAAUACAGUCAUCCACCUUCUCAACCAGGUUCGGACCAUUACACAACCAAGCCACGCGUGCUGCCAUCCUCUGGCAUGUACCCACCUCCAAUUUCAACCUCUGGAAGCGCAAUUCCACCAUCUGAAACAAGUUCUGCAGGACUUCCUGACACUCCACAGCAUCCUCAUUCUGCGGGCUCUUUACCUCCAGUCCCCUAUUCUAGCUGGCAACAACCAUACUCGUAUCAGAAACCACCAAGUUCUGGGGCUGAUCAUUAUGGGGGUUACGCGCCUCAUGGAAGCUUGCCCCAUCUUCAAGGAGGUCCACCAGUUCAAGGAGAAGGAGCCCAUGGGCCUCCCCCAAAUUAUGGCUAUGGAGAUCCAGCAGGCGGAAUUUAUUACCCACCACCUCAUUCAGGGCGAUAA